AUGUCGGGCUCUCGGGUAUACAAUAAUGAUGCUAUAGAUGAGAAUAUUUUGGAUAACCAGGACGAAGAGGAGGAAGAGGAGGAUGAGGAUAACAAUAUCCCUACCAGUCAACCAGAUGACAUAGAUGUCGAUGAUGACGGUGAUGAUGAUGAACCUGAAGAUGAUGCUGUUGAAGGUGAUGAUGAUGAUGAUGAUGAUGAUGAUGAUGACGACGAUAAUGACGAGGACGAAGAUGACGAGGAUGAAGGUGAUGAUAAUUAUUAUGAAAGUGGAGACUUGAACACGGUAGGAAAUAGAGCUGAUGGUGGUGCAGAGACCGAGGUACGUUACGAAUACUUAGAAGAUAAGACUAAGAAAGACCUGGUGAAAGUAACGAUGGACCAGAUGAAAGAAUUUCUUGAAGAAGGUAUGGAUAAUGAAAACGGCAACGAAAGCGAUAAUAAGAGAAAAAAUGAAGACCAGUCGGAUAAUCAGAUGAAAAAAUUAAAGGCCGAUGACUAUUCCCAACCCACAAUAGCUUCUGAUAACUCAACCAGAGUAGAAAAUGGUCCACCAGAAAAGCUAGCACCAUUGGAGAUACGUGAAAACAUAAUAAGACGAGGAAAGGCUGCUGCAAACUAUGAUAUAAUACCUAACGUCGCCAUACCGUACUCAUGCCAAAUUCAGUCUCUAUCACUAAGUGGUGGCUGCAAAUGGUUGUUCACGGGUGGUGAUGAUGGUUUUGUUAGAAGAUACGAUUUCCUUGCUUCUUUUGAAGGCCAGACUCCUUUGACAGUUGCACAAAAGCAUUCACUUGUCGAUUCAAUUACAAAUGCCGGUGUUAUUAUUUCAUACUGGGAAAACGAACAGCCAGUGAAAAAAUCAAGCUUGAAAUUGAAGAAGAGCGUUGCUAAUGGUAGUAGUUUGUCAGCAAUCAAUAACGAGACAUAUGAGCCAAAAAUUUCACCGGUUUAUUCUCUUGCGGCUCAAUCACAAGCUUUGUGGUUGGUUUCCGGUUUGAAGCUGGGUGGGAUAUCUUUGCAAUCAGUUAGGCAUCAAGAAGGUACUAUCCAAGCAUAUUUGAAAAAACACACCGAUACAGUUAGUGUUUUAAAAUUAAAUAAUGAGGAGAAUAAAUUACUCAGUGGAGGCUGGGAUAAAAAAUUAUAUGAAUGGGAUUUGAAUUCUGGGAAAGUUAUUAAUGAUUAUAAAUCUUUAAUGGGCCAGGUUUCAAGUAUAGAAUACCGUCCCGAAAGCUCCUUUGAAAUUGAUCUGGCUAAAUACUUAGAUAAUGACGAUAUUAUCAAAGAUGAUGACUAUGAUUCAUUAUUUGGCUCUGAUGAUGAAGACGAGCAGAAGGAUGAGUCAAAGGAUCAUCAAAAGGAAAUGAAGCCGCUAAAAGUUGAAUCGGAAGAUGCGACUGUGAGUAUUACGGAAGCAGUACCGACCUCUAAAAAGAAGAAUAAUUCGCCGUUUUCUUCCGUUCCUUCCCUCGAUAAUAAUAUUUUCAUGUCGUCGACAAUCAAUGGUAUAAUCAAUGUUUGGGACAAGCGUAUCAACAAGAGUGUUAUUGAUUUUAAAGUCCCUCAGAACACCCCGCCGUGGUGUAUGUCUAGCAGUUGGUCAUUUGAUGGUAAUAAGAUUUUUGUGGGAAGAAGAAAUAACUGUGUUGAAGAAUUUGAUUUAAAGAUGCCUUACGGCAAUUUCAAUAAUAAAGACCCCAAGGUUUCAAAAGUCCUCAAAUUCCCAAACUUAUCUGGACCUGUUUACACUGUGAAAUCUUUGCAUAAUAAUCACCAUCUCCUUUGUGGGUCCAAUGACAAUAUCAGAUUGUAUGAUUUGAGCUUACACUCACAGGACCAAGAUAAACAUAGUGCUAUUCCAUUUCAGAUCAUUCCUGGUCAUCAUGGCGGUGUGUUGAGCACUGUUUAUGUUGACCCAACUUGUAGGUUUAUGAUUAGUGCUAGUGGUGACAGAGGUUGGCAAGGUCAAAGUACAGAAAUGGUGUUGAUGUAUGAGAUCAAAUCUUUGACUAAGUAA